CUGGGAAAUGCCGCUGGAGGUUUGAGUCACAGAUUUGUCCCAACACAGUGAGUGGGAUGUUUGCAUAUGAAGCCCUUAUCAAACACUGAACGGAGGACCUUGUUCAGAUAAAUAUCCCACAGAGUCCAGUAGCUCUUCAUUCUCCAAGAAGACAAGACCACAACAGGAGGAACAAAGCAAUAUGGUUCCAUCACUUCUUGUAACCACAGGAGGACUCCUGUUUCUUUUCUCCUUCUCAUCAGCACGAAUCAAUUUAGACAACCCAACAACAUGCUCCUCAAAUGACGGUUUUGGAAAGUAUUGUUCUGCUACAUGUGAAGUGGCUGAUAACCUGCUGAGUGAACUUCAAAAUUUAAUCUCAUUCAAUGAGAACAAAAUAGCAGAACUGAAAAAACUCUCCACUCAGCUGCAGCUGAAAUGCAGUGAGUCUUGUAAAGUGAUCCAGACCAUCACAGGAACAGACUGCCAGGAUAUUGCAAGCAAAGGCGCCACCAUCAGUGGUCUUUACUAUGUGAAGCCAGCGAGUGCCUCUGAGCAGUUCCCGGUCUAUUGUGAGAUUGACAGCUUUGGACGUGGCUUCACAGUAAUACAGAGGAGACGUGAUGGUAGCUUAGACUUCCACAAAGAUUGGAUGCAGUAUAAGAAGGGCUUUGGUUAUCUCUCAUCAAAUGACACCACAGAGUUCUGGCUCGGCAAUGAGAAGAUACAUUUCCUGACUGCCAGUCUGUCCACCCCAACUGUGCUGAGGAUAGACCUUGUUGACUGGGAUGGCAACAAGAGGUAUGCAGACUACAACAUGUUCAGGAUUGGAUCAGAGGCUGACAUGUACCGUCUGACAUACGGUUACUACUUUGGCGGCGACGCUGGAGAUGCUUUCGAUGGCUAUGACUUUGGUGACGAUCCCAGCGACAAGUUCUACACGUCUCACAACGGCAUGCAGUUCAGUACCUUCGACAAGGACAACGACAAGUACGACGGCAACUGUGCUAUGCAGGACGGCUCGGGCUGGUGGAUGAACAAAUGUCACGCUGCACAUUUGAACGGCAAAUACUAUCAGGGUGGCAGGUACACAGAGAAGGAUGCAGGUGAAUCCGGAUAUGACAACGGCAUUAUGUGGGCUACAUGGCACAGCCGCUGGUACUCCCUGAAAGAGACCACCAUGAAGCUCAUUCCCCUCAGCCGCAUCACACCAGGCAGGGGAUAGAAGCAUAGGGUGAAACAACAUGGUGGACUUGGAAAUGCUUUAAGAUGUAGACUACUAUGAUUGUGGUUUAUUUUGGCUGUAGUUAGUAUCUUCAGCGCAACUGCACCCACUUUAAAUGAAAUAAAAGGC